GUACGCGAGUUCGAUCAUAGUACUCAUUGAGCGGUGUUUUACCGGUGCUUCGCAAAGUUGUGCUGCUGUGUAGUGUCUUGUCGAUUGGCUCAGGAGGCUCAGUUUAUAAUUCUGCUAGCGGUGAACGAGAACGGUAGUGCAGCGAAACAUGUGUGACGAAGAGAUUGCAGCGCUGGUCGUGGACAAUGGAUCCGGUAUGUGCAAGGCCGGGUUCGCCGGGGACGAUGCGCCGCGUGCCGUGUUCCCGUCGAUUGUCGGACGUCCACGUCACCAGGGCGUGAUGGUUGGCAUGGGCCAGAAGGACUCGUACGUCGGCGAUGAGGCCCAGAGCAAGCGCGGAAUUCUGACGCUGAAGUACCCGAUCGAGCACGGCAUCGUGUCGAACUGGGACGAUAUGGAGAAGAUCUGGCACCACACGUUCUACAACGAGCUGCGCGUGGCUCCGGAGGAGCACCCGGUCCUGCUGACGGAGGCCCCGCACAACCCGAAGGCGAACCGCGAGAAGAUGACGCAGAUCAUGUUCGAAACGUUCAACACCCCGGCAAUGUAUGUGGCCAUCCAGGCGGUGCUGUCGCUGUACGCUUCCGGCCGUACCACCGGCAUUGUGAUGGACUCUGGUGAUGGUGUGUCGCACACGGUGCCCAUCUACGAAGGCUACGCUCUCCCGCACGCCAUCCUGCGUCUGGAUCUGGCCGGUCGCGAUCUGACCGACUACCUGAUGAAGAUCCUGAUGGAGCGUGGAUACACCAUGACGACGACGGCCGAGCGGGAAAUCGUGCGCGAUGUCAAGGAGAAGCUGUGCUACGUUGCGCUGGACUUCCCGCAGGAGAUGGACACGGCGGCUACCUCGAGCUCGCUGGAGAAGUCGUACGAAAUGCCGGACGGACAGAUCAUCACCAUCGGUAACGAGCGGUUCCGCUGCCCGGAGGUGCUGUUCCAGCCGUCGUUCAUCGGCAUGGAGUCGACCGGCGUGCACGAAGCGGUGUACAACUCGAUCAUGAAGUGCGACGUGGACAUCCGCAAGGACCUGUACGCGAAUAUCGUGCUGUCCGGCGGCUCGACCAUGUUUGCCGGCAUCGCGGACCGUAUGCAUCGCGAAAUCAAUGCCCUGGCCCCGAGCACGAUCAAGGUGAAGAUUGUGGCACCGCCGGAGCGCAAGUACUCGGUCUGGAUCGGUGGCUCCAUCCUGGCGUCCCUGUCCACCUUCCAGCAAAUGUGGAUCUCGAAGCAGGAGUACGACGAGUCUGGCCCGGGCAUUGUCCACCGCAAGUGCUUCUAGGGUGCCUUCUUCUCCUCGUCGUUCCUGUUGUUUUACUGUGUUAAGCGUUGUUUUGUUAGUAAAUUAAAAUAAACUUCACUUUUAAUAUUAAA